GCCCAAGAAGGCAAGAAUACUCAACGAGAUGAUAUUUGAUUUUCCAAACACAUCAAGAUAGAAGGCACUUUGGUAAAUCAAUCUUUUUGCUCCAGCAAUUGAAAGAAGACCUCGGACCUGAGAGAGACAAGAAAAAUGGGAACUUCCCAGUGUGUUGCCAUUUUCUUGAUUUUAUGCAUCUUUACCCAGUCAUGUGCCCGUGGACAAAGCCUGGGGCCAGAGCCAGUGGGGAGAAGACCUCAAGCCAUGGAAACAAAAAAGGCACCGCAGAAGACAGAGACCAGAUUCCUUCUCUUCCCUGCGGAGCACAGCAGGGGCUGUGAGAUCGGGCUGCACCUGCCCGGCUCGCUGCAGGAGUGCGGUUUCAACUCCUCCCAGCCACUGGUGCUCAUCGUCCACGGCUGGUCGGUGGACGGCGUGCUGGAGAGCUGGGUGCACCAGCUGGCGGCCGCGCUGAGGACCCGGCCGGUGAACGUGGGGCUGGCGGACUGGCUGCCCCUGGCCCACAACCACUACGCCAUCGCUGUGCGCAACCAGAACUGGCCAGGACCCCAACCCGCCCAUCCCGUUGCUCUCUUCCAGGACUCCGUGGACUUUUCCCGGAGCAACGUCCACCUGGUUGGGUACAGCCUGGGCGCCCACGUCUCAGGAUUCGCCGGCAGCUACUUAGGCGGGAGGCAGAAGAUCGGGAGGAUCACAGGGCUGGACGCUGCCGGUCCUCUGUUCGAGGGGACAUCCCCCAGCGAACGCCUCUCUCCGGACGAUGCUGAGUUCGUGGACGCCAUUCACACCUUCACCCGGCAGCACAUAGGCCUGAGCGUGGGCAUCAAACACCCCGUCGCACACUACGACUUCUACCCCAAUGGGGGCGCCUUCCAGCCCGGCUGCCACCUCCUGGACUUCUACAAACACUUCACCCAGCAUGGCUUACACGCCAUCCCCCAGACCAUAAAGUGUGCCCACGAGAGGUCUGUGCACCUCUUCAUUGACUCCCUCCUGCACGAGGACAUGCAGAGCACCAGCUACCAGUGCGGCGACAUGGCCAGUUUUAGCCGGGGCCUGUGCCUGAACUGCAAGAAGGGCCGCUGCAACUCACUGGGCUACCACGUGCACCAGGAGCCACAGGCCAAGAGCAAGAGCCUCUUCCUAGUGACCCGCGCCCAGGCCCCCUUCAGAGUUUAUCAUUACCAGUUCAAGAUCCAGUUCAUAAACCAAAUGGAGAAACCAAUAAAGCCAACCUUUACCAUGUCGCUGCUCGGAACCAAGGAGGAAAUGCAGCAGGUCCCCGUCAUGCUGAGCGAAAGGAUCACUAGUAAUAAAACGUACUCAUUCCUUGUCACCCUGGAGCUGGAUAUCGGCGAGCCGGUCCUGCUCAAGCUCAAGUGGGAGCACAGUACAGUGUGGGCCAGCGUCUGGAACACAAUGCAGGCCGUCAUCCCAUGGGGCGGAGGGUCGCGCUCCUCCAGCCUCAGGCUGAGGACCAUCCGAGCCAAGGCCGGGGAGACGCAGCAAAGGAUGACGUUCUGCUUAGAAAACAAGGAUGACCUGUUUCACCCGGCCCAGGAGAAAAUCUUUGUGAGAUGUGAAGUAAACUCUAAAGCACUGAAGAGAAAAUUCAGAUGAGCUGAAUGAGAACCCGGUGUAAA